UUGUUCCACUUCAGACGAGCAAAAUGGCAUUCAAGUUCAUAUUGCUCGCAGCCUUCGUCGCGGUGGCGAGUGCCGGCGGGCCGGCGGCCUACGACAUCGGCACGGUGUCCGCCGAUCACAACAGCAUCGGCUACAGCCAGGAGUCCACGCAGAAGGGCUACGCCGGCCAGAACGUGGUGUCGACGUACAGCCGCGCCGAGGACUCGGCGCACUCGUCGGUACGCGUGAGCAACAGCCACGUGAGCAACGACGCCCUGCUGGAGCAGCACAUCGGCUACAGCUACGCCGCGCCAGCCUUGGCCAAGCCCCUGAUCGCCGCGCAGCCCGUGAUCGCCAAAACCGCAUACGCCGCGCCGGCCUUGGCGACGUACGCCGCUCACCCUGCCCCUGCAGUGCUCGCCAAAGCCGCGUACGCCGCCGCGCCGGCUUACGGUUACGCGGGUUAUGCGGGUUAUGCCGCCUCCGCGCCCGCUUACGGAUACGCCUCCGCGCCCGCUUACGGAUACGCCGCCGCGCCCGCUUACGGAUACGCGUCCGCGGCCGCGCCGAUCUUGGCCGCGAAGACGGCGUACGCCGCGCCGGCGGCUGCCUACGGCUACGCCAGCCCGCUCCUGGCCAAGACCUACGCCGCCCCGGCUCCGCUCAUCGCCAAGACCGCCGCGUACACCACCUACGCCGCGCCGGCAGCCCCGCUGAUCGCGAAGACCGCUUACGCCAGCCCGCUCCUGGCUAAGACUUACGCCGCCGCCCCGGUUUUGGCCAAGACCGCGAUCGCCGCCGCGCCGGCUCUCGCGUACUCCGCUCAUGCCGCACCGGCUCUUGCGUACUCCGCUCAUGCCGCACCGGCUCUUGCGUACUCCGCUCAUGCCGCGCCGGGCUUAAUCGCCAAGACUUACGCCGCCCCUUACUCGUACGAGACGGCCGCGCCCGUGGUGCACGCCGCCUUCACCGGCUUCGGCACCAGCUACGCCUGGUAAACGACUUCGAGAACCCCGCGGAUCUCUCCCGCGAGAUCGGGCGCGACCUCUCCGACAUUAUCGUAUCUCCCCUCUGGUACACGCGCAAGAUUUUCUACGUACAUGUGUAUAUAAUAUUUAUAGUAUAUAAUAUUUUUAUAUUUAUACCUCAUUGUAUACACGCAUACAUCCGCAUACAUAUAACAUCUACUCUAUGCAUGAAACUUCCAACAAAAUCCCUCACACGAGAAACCUUCACACGGAACACAUCUCUUUAAAUACAGUAUCCACAUUUACAGAUUAGCGUAGCGAAACAGAAAUUUUGCUGUAUUAAAUAUGAAUAAAGCGAACUUUUGUUAAUACGAGGAAAA